AAGAAGCAAACCACAUCACGUUACUGCAAAAAUGCCUGUGUAAUUAUGGCAAUAAAUAAUUUAAACGUUUCACAAAUGAUUAUCUGUAAAAUUUAUCGUGAUUACGAGAGUAAUGAAAAAAAGGUAGCAAAUAUUGAACAGCAAUCAGAGACUAUGUUGAGUCGUACACAGCCCCACCGAAUGCGUUUUUACUAUCAAUACGUUGAUCUAGGAAUCUUGGAUCCGUAUUGUCGAAUUAAUAAACGUCCGUCGAUUUUUACCAAAGAUUUUUACCGUGUCUUACGAGAGGAUUUUAGAUAUAGUAUUUUAAAUUGGGCAUGUUGGAUAAAAAUAACUCAAAGUAUGGGCUUCUUUGAACGUGUUAAAUAUUAUGAUGAAUUCAAAAUGAAAGCUUUAAAAAUGUAUACUGACCUAAAUCAAAAUUUUGCCGAUAUAAUUGUUAGUGGAGAUUUAAAAGCGUUGAAAACUAUCAGAUUAAAAUUCGAAUUAAAAGCACGUGAAGAGUAUGGAAAUAAAUACUAUUGGAAAUAUCAUGGACUAAUUGAUGAUCCCAAAUACCAAUGUAUUCGUUAUUAUGAUACUGGUUUGGCUCAAUUGAUAAUCAAAUUACAUACUAAGCAAUGCAUUGUAGUGUUUGAUAGAGAGGGAAGGCUAAUUUCUGGGGAUCCAAAAGAGAUCAAAAAUAUUAUUCAAUAUGUUGUUUUUCAACGUAAAAUGGGUGAAAAAGGUGAUUGGGCGAUAUAUGGAUAUUAUAAUCCAGAGGCACUGACAAAAGUAUUCAAAAUUGAUUCAGAUAAAAACAAGCUCAUAUCUGAUUGA